UGCCGCCAACCGCCAAGGCUACACGGAGGAUCUUUGUCGCAAUUCUUUCGUUACGUUGCAGGAUCCUGAGACUUAUGGAGGUCGGGGAUGAAUUUGUCGCUGAAUGUUUGUCCAGGUGGCCGGUAUAGACUGGGGUGUCGGGAGGGACGCGAGAAGCAGCAGCCAGGGGCGGAGAGACAGGGAAGCCAUGGUCGCUGAUCCGGAGAGGGCCUGCUCGGCUGAGAUGAAUCCCUGGCGCGAAAGGCCCGGGAUCGGGUAAGGAGGAGUGGUGCCACGAGGCGUUGUCAGCGUUUGAGGUAGCUCGGGGUGGGAGAGGGGAAGGAGAGCCAUGCUGCUGUCGACCGCGGGGAAGAAGUUGGAGGCGAACGCCGUGGGGUCUGGCGAUGAGGAACAGCGGUACCCUCACGUGCUGCAGCUCUACUCGCGGCCGCCUCUCGGAUCCGUCUCCCUCGUCGAGUUCGAGGCCCUCGCCGUCCAGAGACUGCGGCUUCUCAAGUCGGUGGAGCGGAUCGGAGUUCUGUUCAUGAGGGGCACUGAGAAUUACGACAAGAAGCUGGAGGAGGAGCUGAAGAAAUCAAAGUUUCCAUACAGAGAUAGUAUUACUUUAACAGAAGUUGAUGACCAAGAACCAAGAAAAAGGGACCACAUCUCCCACUUCAUCCUUCGUCUUGCCUACUGUCAAUCAGAGGAUUUGCGGCGUUGGUUCAUCCAGCAGGAGAUGGACCUGUUUCGGUUCCGCUUUCUGCAGCAGAUGUCCGAAUCGGUCACCUCGUUCCUCAACCAAAACAACCUCACAUAUGAAUCUUUGUCUAAAGAGGAGAUAAAAGAGUACGAACUUAAGCUGACCGCUUCCACCUAUGGGAUGAGUCAUCACAAAGUCAACGAGUCCACGUUCUACAAGGUGCCGUUCACAGAUGCACUGGAACUGGUGCGGAGCCGGAAGGUGUUCGUGCGACGCGGGAUCGCUUUCAUUCCUCAGAGGGACCUGGUCACCAUUGUACUCAAUGACUUCCGCCAGAACCUGUCGCGGGCACUGACCAUAACAGCACGACUCCUGCCCUCCGUCCAGGAAGAUGAGCGACUGCAGCCUCUUCUCACCCACCUGAGCAAGUCCUACAUAGGUCAGGAUUACAGUGCACCAAAGCAUGCUGGGCAAAUCUCUCUGGAUCAAUUAGACUCUCACGCGGCGCGCUCCUUCCCGCUGUGCAUGCGCCAGGUGCACUCCGCGCUGCGGGAGCACCACCACCUGCGGCACGGUGGGCGCAUGCAGUACGGCCUCUACCUCAAGGGCAUUGGCCUCACCCUGCAGCAGUCCCUCGACUUCUGGAGGGCCGAGUUCGCGCUGGGUGUGGGCGCUGACAAGUUUGACAAGUCAUACGCUUACAACGUCAGGCACAACUACGGCAAGGAGGGAAAGCGCACAGACUACACUCCUUACAGCUGCAUGAAGAUCAUCAUGACCAACACGCCAGCACAGGGUGACCACCACGGUUGUCCUUUCCGUCAUACGGAGCCGGAACUCCUCAAGAUGAAACUCCUGGCGUAUAAAGUGCCUUCAGCAGACAUUAGCCAAAUUUUGGAUCUGGUUAAAGGAAUGCAUUAUCAGCUGGCCUGCCAAAAGUACUUUGAAGUUACGCACAAGGUGGAGGACACGAGCUUUGCCCUCAACCACCCAAACGAGUACUUUGAGGAGAGCGUGCGCCUCCUUUCGGGAGGCCGCCAGGCCAAGAAGGAGGCCGACAGCCUGGGCCGGUGGGACACAUUGGCCUCCUCGGGUUCCACUCAAGCCUCACAGGGUGGCAGCAGCAGCAACAGCCAGCACCUCCCGCAAGCACCACCACCCAGCAGCAAGCAGCGGCCAAAGGCUGACGCUCCGGUCAAGAAGGAACUGGCCGAGUUGGCCAACGAGCUCAUGGAGGGCCUGGACUCGGAGGACUUCCUUGAUGACUUCAUGUGAUGGCAAAGGAGGGCUUGGCGAGGUGAGGGUGGAGGCCCUGGCAGUGUCUUGUGGUAAAGGAGAACACGCGAGCAAAUGACAACACGAAGGGCUCGAUAGGUUGUGGAAAUUUUACAGCGGUCAUGACGUUUUGGCUUUGACUUAAACCCUGGGCUGUAUUCGGUGCUUUUUAAUGUUGUGCUUUGAUGUGUUUUAUUCAUGAACGUGUGAUUGUUAGGUGAAUGCGUAAUGUGUAAUUUUUUAUCAAAUCUAAACGAGUCCGCGUGUUUGUUUUGUAAAUGAAAUAACUUAAAAAUAAAGAUUACCUGUUUGUAUUGUUA